CUUUAACCGCCGCCUUUUAAAUCUCCUCUCGCGCACGCCUUUGAUUUUUUUCCUGAUUUUGAAAGAGAACAUGGAUAGCGAUAGUGAUGAAGAGAUCUUUUUUGGACCUGUAACAGUCAAAGAACAGGAGAUCUCCUCAAAGCUGAAGAACAGAAGAACAGAACUUUUUUCAUCUGGGCCACCUUUGUUCCGGAGGAGAUCCUCACGACCAUCCCUUGCAUCUUUGGAGGAGGAAGGUAAAGGGUGUGAUAAUGACAGUACUACCUCCCUUAUUGUGCAUGGGCAUAGUGCCUGUGGUACCCUUUCAUCUUCUGCUGGUGAAGAAAGUUCUCAUUGGGAGGGAUCUGUAGCAAACAGUUCUUCACAAUCUUCAGGUCUUGCUGAAUCCACAGAAGUCUUGGCCUCUUCUUCAGAUUCACUGCAAAGCAAUGACAAGCCCUUGUUUGUCUUUCAGUCACAGUCCAAUGCAAAACUGGAAAAUAAGUCAUAUGAGACUGAAACUGAAAUAUUUCACAGUAAUUCUGGAAAUCCUGAAACUGAUUCAUUACAUCAUAACUCAACACAAGAAGUCAGCCUUGUCUCAAGAGUUGAAGCAUCAUGUGAAAGUAGUGACAGUGCUUUGCACUCUGACUCAUAUUGUAGAACAUCAGAAGAGGGAUCAUCUAGGAAUAUUGAAGAAUUAGAGCCCAGUGAAAUGGGAAUAUCAGAGUCUGAAAUUGACACACCAGAGGCAGACCUUCAGAUGAGCCCAAAAGCCCAAGAGGAAGCAAAGACCCUGUCUAGUUCUGCAGUAGAUGCUGAAAACAGCAAAACUGAAUACAGAGAUAGAGAUCCCUGUACUUCAAUUGUAAGUCAGGAAGUAACAUGUAGUGAUGAAAGUUAUCUGGCUGGUGAUGCUCAUGUAAUAGGAGAGCACGAUAAUGUACGCAAUGUGGAUCAAGAAGUGCAGAGUGAAUGGUACAAGGAAAAUUCUGAGAGUAGCCAGGUAAGCAGCAUAGGAAGCACUGAGAGAGCAGACCAUAAACAUGUAGAUUCUCCAAACAAGGGAUCAUCUAUGAAUGUUGAAGAAUUAGAACCCAGUGAAAUAGAAAUAUCAGGACCUGAAGUUGAUACACCAGAACCAGACCUUCAGAUGAGCCCAAAACCCCAAGAAGAAGCAAGAACCCCAUCUAGGUCUGUAAUAGAGGCUGAAAACACCAAGACUGACUACAUAGAUGCAGAGCCCUGUGAUUCAGUUGUUAGUCAGGAAGUAACUUGUAGUGAUGAAAGUUCUCUGGUUGGUGAUGCCCGUGUAAUAGCAGAGCAGGAUGAUGUAUGCCAUGUGGAUGAAGAAAUGCAGAGUAAAUGUUAUAAGGAAAAUUCUGAGAGUAGGCAGAUAAACAGCAUAGGAAGCACUGUAAAUAAAAGAGCAGACCCCAGGCAUGUAGAUUCUCCAAACAAGAUAGAAAGCUGUAUGUCACAGACUUGUAAUGAGGUUGAUAAAGAAACAAGUGCUUAUAAAGGAGAAGAGAGCCCAGAGACUGAAAAGAAAAUAACCAGUUGUGAUAACUUAAAAGAUUCUAAUGCAGUGAUGGAAGAAAAGCCAUCAUUGGAGAGAGAAAAAAUAGGUGAUUUAGACCCAGACACCUCUCUUUUGAAAAGUUACACUUCCAGAUUCUCAAGUAAAUCACAGAAAGAAGGUCAUAUACAUGAGCUAACUCGCACCAAAAAGCUAGUUAAGCCACGUGAAAGUUAUUACAGUAGUCUAGAAGUUAUUAAUGUGAAUGAGGCAAAUAUUUUUGAUGAAUUCAUUAUAGAAGAGAAAAAUUAUCCACAUGAUCUUGAGCAAAUAUGUGCUGCUGAUAAAAAGGUUUUCCCACAUAUUAAAGAUCAGCAGAGUAGAUCAAGCUUUAAAAAAUACUCCUCUAGUACAUGUGAAUUUCUUUCUGAGGGCAGUGACUCUGUGUUCACACAUUUCCCUUCCUCAGGCUCUGAUAUGUGCUUGAUCAGUGGUUCUGAAAUGGGGAGGAUCCUUCCAGAUACUCCCUCUUCUAGAAAUUCAGAAGGGGAUGAUUCAGUCUUCCUUCAUAAAAAUGAUACUGAUAAUGUAUGUGCCACAGACCAGCCUAAAACAGAAAGGGAGGAUUCCUGUGAGGCAGAUGAUUCUGUUUCCCCCGUCACACCUCCACCAAAAGGACCCCUUAUGAAAGUAGAGGCAGAUCCAAAGUUUACUUUUACAGUGACUCCACCUCCAACAUCCUUACUUUCUCUGCGAAAAAUACUUCCACUUCCACUAAUUUCAGCUACUUCAUCAUAUUCAUCUUCAUCUCAAAAUUUAGGAGAAUCAGGCAUUGAUAGUUAUGGCCCUGCCAACAGGGCCAUUAUUUUCUCACAGUCAGAUUCUGAGCCAGCAUCUUUUUCAUCUCAACCCAUACCUUCUGCAGCUUCUAGUGCUGAUGUUCAGAAUCUAUCUGACUGUACUAGUGGAUCUGGAGAUAUUCAAGUUAAUUACAGUCCUGUUUGUCACUCUCCUGGUGGUUCAGCGUUCAGCUACAUGCCGAAAGAUGAUCUGGAUUCAAGUGAUGAUGGGUCAGAUGGUGAAUCUUCUCCAGAUCAGAAGUUCAAUGAUACUAUAGAAGAGAUGGAAAUGAUGCUCAAGUAUGGCCUCAAUUAUGGAGAAAAAAACAAAGAAGAAAGUGAUGAGGCCAAGGGAAAAGUUCCUUCUUCUGGGGACAUAUACAGUGCUGCAAGGAAAGCACAUGCAGAGUUUUCUGGGGUUGAUGACAAUGAUGAAUUUGAAAGCAUUGUGAGCCCACGGAAAUCAAGUGUAGCAAGCACCAUCUCAAACUUUCAACCAAAUAUGGACUCAACGCGAUCUUCUUCUCUAAGGGAAGAUGUUGAGAAACCUAUGAUUUUUGUUCAGAGUCCUGAGACCGUUGAAAUGAAUGAGGUCAGGUCACCAUCAGUUCUGUCAAACAAAAAGCAGAAGGAAGCACCACCUAAACCACCAAGGAAUUUAAAUUUGCAAAAUGGGAACUUACAGAAGCAUCCAGAGGAAGCCCGUGUUAAAAUGCAGAAAAGAAGCCCAGUCUCUAAGCCUGUAUGUAUUAGUAGACUUAAACCAAGUCCACUUUCUUUAACUCCAAAGGUUUCAAAAGUAGACACAACUAAAAAGGUUGUGAAGCAGUCUGGACCAAAAGUGGUAAAUGAGCCAGGCUUGUAUAAAUCAGGCUCUCUGACAAAUAUAUAUAGAACAUCAAAAGUGGGAGAGUCACCUGUUAGGCCUUCAGUACAGUCAGUUGCAGGUUUCAGAUCUCAGCCAAAUUCUCCACUGACAAAAACCUUCACCUCUCAAAAGAAAAACUCACCAUCAGAACCUUCAAUGAGACUUAACAGUGGCAGGACUGCCCUUCCACCACGGCCUCCGGUUGUUAGAGCUAAUAUCAAGCCAAUAUCAGGUUUACCAAGUCAUCAAAUACACAAAUUCUCCACACCACAGGGGAAGAGUACAAGAACCAAAAUGCAAGUUUCUUCAGCAAGCAAGCUCCAAUCUCCGUCACUGAAAACUCCAAAAAAUCUGAGGUUCAAGCAAGGGAUGAGUAUUGUUAGUCCUGUUGCAAAAUAUCUCAGGGAAAAUCCUCCCCCACCCUUGGUUGUGAAUAUCAAGCCAAAGCACAAAGUCAGUCCAGUCAAAAUCCAGUCAGAGAGCCCAGUUUCCCUUCACUCUCCACUUGCCAGCGGCCAGAAUUCGCCCCAGCGCCUGGCUAAAAGAAUUCAUCGAGAGGAUGCAGAAGUACAAAGGAGAGCAGCCCUUAGUAAGAUCCAGGGUGACCUUGAUAAGUUAGCCUCCAAGAUGAAUAAUGCACAGAUUGAGUCUGGUGAGGAGGAGACUUUAGAGCCAGUUGAUGUGACUAGGAAACGGGUCCUUCCAAGAGCAAUGUACACUUCAGCUCCUGUUGUUGUGGAUUCACUUGAAAAUAAAGAAAAUGAAAGAACUCGAAGGCGCAGGGAUAUCCCUACUGACAAGCAUCCUGUCCUUGUAAUGAAGCACAAAGGUCGUGUCAAGUUGCCCAAAGUAACAUUCAAGGAAGGCCUGGUUGAUGGAUCUUCGCCGAAGGGAUACAAGAGUCCUACCCUUCAAAAUCCAGUUAUGUCAUCUCUGAAAGAUCGGCAGUCAUUGCGGAAUUCAUUAAUGGAGGUCUCCAUCUAUGAAUCACAUGAAACACAGUAUACACAUACUCUCCAGAAGUGAGGAAUACGAACACAGGGAAUGCAGAUCACAAAUGGACUUUACAAGCAAACUAUUUAUAUGUUCUAUAAGAGGAAAUGACAGGUUUUCUUUAGCCUUUCUUUUCCAAGGCUUUGGAAUUGAAGUUGCUUACUAAUUUCCAGGAAGAGGCUUAAUGAGUGACAGUAUUCAAUGAAUAUAUUGUCACACUUGCAAGAGAUACUUUUGCUAUCAGCAGUGAUUUAUGGUAUUCAGUAACCUAGUGAUUUAUUAGACCUUAGCUUUAUAUGUAAAUCUAUUAUAUAUUGGUAUUUAAAUUUUUUAUCAAAGAUUUGUGAGCAAUACUGAAUUAAUGAUUUGGAUCAUGAUAAAAGGAGAACCAUUUUUGCUUGUUAUGAAGGUUUGUGUGAGUACUUGCUUAUUUAAAAGUAAAAUCUUAUUUUAAUGAAUACAUAGGUGUUGUAAUAUAUUGCUACAACAGCUGUUAUUAUAUCCUAACACAAAUUUGUAUAUGCCAUAUUUUGCAAUGCUUUUUGGAACAGAGAGUGAUGUCUAUAUGUGAAGUCCCCAUCUAAGUUCAAAUUAAACACAAAAUAAAACAUUCAUAUGGUUCAGUUAUCAAUCCUAGGAAUCUGUCUCUCUCUCUCUCUCUCUCUCUCUCUCUCUCUCUCUCUCUCUCUCUCUCUCUCUCUCUCUCUCUCUCUCUCUCU